AUGGCGGGGCCGGGCCCGGGCCCAGGGGACCCGGACGAACAGUACGAUUUCCUGUUCAAGCUGGUGCUGGUGGGAGACGCGAGCGUGGGCAAGACAUGUGUGGUGCAGCGCUUCAAGACGGGCGCCUUUUCGGAGCGCCAGGGCAGCACUAUUGGCGUCGACUUCACCAUGAAGACGUUGGAGAUCCAGGGCAAACGAGUCAAGCUGCAGAUCUGGGACACGGCAGGACAGGAGAGGUUCCGCACGAUCACCCAGAGUUACUAUCGCAGUGCCAAUGGAGCCAUCCUUGCCUAUGACAUUACCAAGAGGAGCUCCUUCCUGUCGGUUCCCCACUGGAUUGAGGAUGUGAGGAAGUAUGCAGGUUCCAAUAUCGUACAGCUGCUGAUUGGGAACAAGUCAGACCUCAGUGAACUGCGGGAGGUCCCACUGGCCGAGGCGCAGAGCCUGGCUGAGCACUACGACAUCUUGUGUGCAAUCGAGACUUCAGCCAAGGACUCAAGCAAUGUGGAGGAGGCUUUUCUGCGGGUGGCCACAGAACUCCUCAUGCGACACGGGGGCCCCAUGUUCAGCGAGAAGAGUACCGACCAUAUCCAGCUGGACAGCAAGGACAUCAGCGAGAGCUGGGGCUGUGGGUGCUGA